GCCACCUACACGCAUCACGAGCAUCACAAGCCCUUGUAAAUGCGGGAUAGUGAGAUUGGAGGAGUUGGGCUACCUAUAUGAAGUGAAUGAUCCCUUCCUACCCUACAUGUACCGCGCCUGGUACUCUCUACCUGGCCAAUGCCCCACGUCGGCCGUACUGUACUUGUCAGAUUUCGCCCGAACAAAUAUGAUACUACCGCUGGUAAUAUAGCGCUUUACCGCCAAUUCUAACCUCUUGUUUCCCCUAUUCUCUUCCACCCUCCAAACCAUAGACACUCGCGGUCCAUCUCACAGAAACGGACUUCUCCUGCUCUCUCUCUUGGCUAUCCUGCCGACCCCCACUAGAAUUAUAAUCCAUCAUGAUCGACCACGUCCUGGGGCGUCCCUCCCUCCAAUUCCGCAAAUACCAAGUCCUCGCCGUCCUGCUAUUCUGGUCACUCUACCUGCUCCGCGGCAACCCCCACGGGCCGCCCAUACUAUUGCUCCGACACCUCUCUAAAAUCAUGUCCAAGCGCCUAACACCGUUCCAAACCGUCACACUCACGUUGCUGUACCUCUAUGUCACGCGGAAUUUUGCCAAGUUGCUCAACUUGGAGAGUCCGGAGCCGUUGGCGAAUCUGUACACGAGGAGCUACUUCCGAGCUACGUGGGUGAUGACGGCGCUGGAUGCCGGCUUUUGGACGGCCAUGAGGAUUCGCCGGAAGUGGUUGAGGGAUGCCUGCUCCAUGGUGUUUAGUGUGUAUUACUUGUUUGCCGCCGAGAGGGCGGAUGAGAAGGUGCGCCGAGUCAGAGCAACGAUAACAGUCGACCACCUCCGCGUCUCCUGGGAGAAACCGAUGACGCCAUAUCUGCGCUUUCUCAGCAAUUUGCUGCACCCACCACACAAUAAGUUCGCCCCUCGUCCCCUGCGCAUUCCCCGCCCAAAGGAGUCCGUCUAUUCGGUCCCGGUGGACGCAUGGCUUUACUACGAAGGAACACGGGAACAGCUUCGUUCCUGCAAAAAAGUAAUCCUAGACUUCCCCGGUGGCGGGUUCGUAGCUAUGUCGCCUCGCCAUCACGACGACAAGCUGCUCACAUGGGCCCGGCUGUGUCCGGGUGUGCCGGUGAUCUCCAUCGAUUACAAGAAGGCACCCGAGUACCCGUAUCCGUACGCGCUCAAUGAAUGCUACGACGCCUACCACUCCAUCAUCACCACGCGUGGACGGUGCGUCGGGCUGAGCGGGGACGUAAUUCCCAAGAUCGCGUUGACUGGUGACUCCGCUGGCGGGAACUUCACAGCUGCGACCGUACUGAUGAUCCUCAACGCCGCGUCAACGUCGAGUACUGGCUACCUGAUGGAGGCAGGGUGGAAGGGGCUCCCGCUGCCCGAGGGCGUGAUCCUGAUCUAUCCCAGCCUGGACCUCAACAUGUCCUCGUGGAUGUCCGACGAGCAAUUGAAGCUAAUCCGGCAGCGGAGCACCAUGGACACGAACCGGAACGUCGUCCGCAAAAAAAGCGAGUACUACGAGAAAGCGUCCGGGACGUCGCGGCACCCGUCCCCGCACCCCUCCCCGCCCUCGCUGCAGACAGCAGCAGCAGCAACAGCAGCAGAGUACUCAACGCGCCUCGCAAUGACCAGCCGCCUCUCGUACUUCAACGACCGUAUCCUGACGCCGGAGAUGAUGCGCGCAAUGGUGAUCCUAUAUAUCGGCCCGCACCGCCCGGACUUUCAAACGGACUUCUUCCUAUCUCCCAUCGUCGCGCCAGAAUCACUACUCGCGCGCUUCCCACCAGUCUACUUCCUGACGGGCGAGCGCGACCCGCUCGUCGACGACACGCUGAUCUUCGCAGGGCGCAUCCGCGCCGCAAAGCAAGCUGCACGGCAGCACCGCCGCAACCUCGGCCUGAAGCCGACGGCACAAACCGAGCGCGGCGACGCCGUCGAGGUCUCGCUGAUCCAGGGCAUCUCCCAUGGCUUCUUGCAGAUGGCCGCGCUGUUCCCGCAGGCGAGAAGGGAGCUGAGGAAGUGCGCCGUCUGGCUGAAUCGUAUACUUGAGGACGUUCCCGGCGAGGAGGCGAAGCUCGACGUCGAGUCCGAUGAGGAGCAUCCGGGCCUCGCAGGGUAUAUUACGACGUACACGUCCGAUGAGGAUCGCCCGUUGGAGAUUGGUGGGGGAUUGGGCGGCGUGAAGGUCGAGGGGAAGGGCAGGGGCAGGAAUAGGAAUAAGAGGCUGCCUAGGGGACGCGGUAAGAGGAGGGGGAGUGUCGUCAGCCUGGGCAGUGAGGAUGAUCUGAUGGGCAGGAGAAUGCAGGGGCUCACGAAUGGGCUGGCAGGUGAGCCGGCUGUGGACGGUGACCUGUAGUAUUGUUGGAAAGGUGAGGCUGGAGGUUGCUUUAUAGGUAGAUAGGUUUUGCGUUUUGAGCUUUGCGUUUUGCUUGGGCGUGGGGGUUUUGAUGGUUCGGUUUCAGCGCAAAUAUUGGGGUCUUCGCUAGAUGUUACAACCACGAUGGGAAUGGUGAGAUGUAGGAUAAUUUUCCACUACUCUAGAUGUGGAGUGACGAUGACUGGUGCCCGUG